CCCGCCCCCUAACCCACAAACACACACAGCGCAGCGCGCGAGACGACGGAGCAGCGAUGGAGAAGUUGCCCCCGAAGUUCAGCUCGUUGCUGUCGACCCCCGAGCCGCACUACAUCCCGGGCUAUGCAGGCUACUGUCCACAGCUGAAGUAUCACAUGGGAAAGCCGUACGCUCAGCUCACUGCCAAGCUGCUGACCUCGCCCGAGAUUUCACGCUCGUCCAGACUGGUGCUGAGUUCAGGGCCGUCAUGGGAUGCGGGGACCAAAGAGGAGAUCUGGAGGAGAGAGACGGAACGUGGCAAAAAGCCACAAAGAAUGAUACCAGGCUACACAGGUUUCAUCCCCAGAAGGCAGAAUUAUUUCUCCAAGACGUAUGCACAGACAUGUCGAGAAGCAAUCGGUGAGUUUGAUGCGGAUCAGAAGAUGAGAAUUCGGCCCACUACAGCUGACACGCUGCCUGCAGUUCCAGACCGAGCAUUUCAAGGCACCAAGCCACGGGUUCUGAACACUCCUUUGGUGGCCAUCACCAAAGAACCGUUUUCCUAUAAAAACACCUGGAAGCCCCUGGGCUCUCCAUAUUCCAUGGAAGACAGUGACCCACACAAAUACUUCAUUUCAGGUUUUACAGGCUUCGUCCCCAGAACCAGGUUUCUGAUCGGUUCCAGUUAUUCCCUCGCCACCAACAAGGCACUAAUCCAGUUCGGCAAGCAGAUGAAGGGUCACUCUGUGCACGACCUGGAAGGAGAAAGCACAGACGAUCUGCCCACCAUCUACCCCACACAUCGGGGAAUGCUGCCACACUACACUGGAUAUGUACCAGGAUACAAGUUUCGCUAUGGGCAGACGUUUGGGAAGCUCACCAGCAACUCAGUACCUCUGAGUGGCACACGCAGGAGAAUCAACAGGGAGGGAUGAAUCUUCACCAACACUCAGGAAAAAGCAAGAAUUAAAUGUGAGGAAAAUGCAA